GCAAGAUCUUCUACGAGAACGUAUCGUUUUACCAGCAACAAAGAAAAUCCAUCGAGAUGGCCACGACGAAAUGUGUAUUCAUCGUUUUCGUCCUGUCGUUGGUCAUAAGCACCGUUCUUUGCCAGACCUUUCAAUACAGUCGUGGAUGGACCAACGGUAAGAGAUCGGAGUUCUCAAACUCAUUGGGUAUCUCCAAUCCAGGGGACGAACAUUUCACCAACGGCGAAUUCAAGAGACUGAAGAUGCUGGUAUACGGGAAUGUCGAUGAACAACCCCUGUUGAUGUACUGCGAUUUUGUGGACAAUGGAAAAUUGAGAAAACUCGGUCACGCGGAUAAUUAUGCCUCUCAGCUGCGGGAAAAAGGACAGAAUGAUGGCAAUUACUGAAGCGGACAUUGAGAGUGAUGGUCGUCACAUAAUAAUUAUAAUUGCUUCAAUGAAAUACACCAGUAUAUAAUUUUAG